AUGAGAAAAGGUGGGCCUGGAUUUUCCCCUUAUCCGCCCGCGACAGACCGCAGACGAGAAGACGCCUUCCUCGGCUGUAGGAACCGCCUCUCUGCCCCGGUCCUGGACUGUGAUGCAGUGGAAUAUAAAAAGUAUCAUAACAAAAGAGACGGCAAGAACAUGGCCGGUCUUGUGUCCCAGCUGCUGGAGGCUGAAAGCGUUGGACUCAUUAUGCUUCCCUCCACCCUGGUCCCCACAGCCAACACAGCGGUCUCCCCUCUCCCCACCAACACCUUCUUCCUUCCUGGGACUCGGAGUUUCGCUGAUGCCAUCUUCCCUCCCAUCUACGGCUUGAUCUUCGACUCCGGGUCUUCUCGCCAACAAUCUACGUCCUGUUCGUGA